UCUGCUGAAUACACACGAAAACCAAAAGGCGCCGUUUUCAAUUGACAAGUUCAGACAAGAUCCAAGUUUCAGAAGUCUGAUCACUUCUAAUAUAAAUAAACUUUUAUUUAGGUAAAUUAGAUGUAAAUACAAAAUAAGCCUCAAAAUUUCUUCAUGUAGUCCUUACGGCUAAAACAGUUCCAUUUCGACUGCUAUUAUUUGCACACGACAUCCAUUUUAUGCUCGGCUGGAAUCAGAGCAGACGACAAUAGAAACAAACAAUUAUGAAAGAUCGUAAUCGUCGGAAACAAAAAAAAUCCAACUCAUUGUGGUUGUUUAUUCUCUGACAGUAAGUGCAUUGAUCAGAUAUCUUAAAGAACGUGAUUUAGAUCCAUUUUUCAAUGGCCCUGUACAUCGCAAUAUUUCAGAAGAAUGACAUGUCUGGACGAGCUUGAGAUCACAGCCAAUCGAGCUGUUCAUUGAGCUGGAAGGAUUUCGAUCAGUUCCAAACAAGACUUUCGUGUCUGUGGAGUACUUGUUUCCAGGAUGUAUACACAACAACUUUACUGAUAUUCUGAAGUAACUGUCUUAAAGUGGUAUUGGAAGAAGACAGUAAUGUCUUAAGAGCACUCCAUAUUUAGGAAAAAUAAUUCAACACAAAUACUCAGAGUUUUUGUAGUACAAAAGAAUGGCUUGGAUUAUCUAAUAUAAAGAGGAAAAAUUAUCAUGGCGAAUGGAGGAAGAUACACAUCAUCAAGUACGGAAAGUGAUGAGUAUUAUCAUGGAUCUCGAGGUCGCCAUCAUUCUGGAGAUGAUGAUGACAGAAUGUACCGACUUACUUCUAAUCUGAAGGAUACCACGCGGAAUUUGAAAACUCUGGAUCGCAUGCUUGAUUCCUACAGAGACGUAGGAAGGGUGCAAAGAUCAUCCAAUGACAGGAUACGUGGUGAUCUGGAUCGCACUCUGGAGGAUCUCCAAGAAGAGAAAGUUAGAGGAUCACAACUUGACAGAUCCUAUGGAAGUGAUACAGAAUAUAACGGUUCACCAUCAGGUGGACCUCGUCGAAGAAGAAAGAAGUCCUCAGUGCGCUUUGCAGAUGACAUGAACAAAGAGCUGCAUGGGUUGCAUCAAAAUGUUCGUGAUCUUUCUGCAGACCAGUUGCGUCUUGAGGAGAACUUGAAUCGGGAAAUUGACCGAAGAGAUAGGGGAGAUCUAGAUGUACGAAGAAAUGUGCGAGACAUUGGCAGCAAUCUUCAGAGACAGUCUUCAGACCCACUUUCAUCUAGAGUAGAACAGCGACUAGCAGCUAUACAGAAUGAAAUUCAAGCAGAGAGACGUUUGGCAGAUCGUCAAGAUGACCUUACUUCUCUGUCCUCUGAACUUAAGCAGGCAAUACACCAAGUUUGUUCUCAACCUGCUGAAGAACGUCUUCGGAGUCAUUACUUACAAGCAGAAUCUAAUCGCUACAAGCUGGAGUCAGAAUUAGAUGGUGUUCGCCGUCGACUGGAUCAGAGUGAGGGAAGUAGAACAGCACUUCAGAAUCAGGUAGAAGAGCUGAGAGCUCAGCUGUCACGUGCAGAAAGAGACAGACAUAAACUUAAGUCAUAUUUUGAUGAAGCUCGCUUUGAAGAAGAUAUGAAAGAGGAAAGGAAACGAAGAGCAGUUGAAGAGACCAGAGAUCGCAAUUUUGAAAAUGAGAUUCGGGAAUUGCGUGGGCAGCUGACACGUUCUGUUGGUGCCAUAUCUGAAAUGGAAUCAUUAAGAAGGGCAUUAGAGAAGAGUGAGCGUCAAAGGGCACAACUGUCUGACCACAUUGAGACUUUAUCAAAAGACCUAGAAAACCGAGAGAAGCAAGCAGCCAAGGUUAUUACUCAGUUGAAGACUACAAGUGACAACUUAGAAGACACAGAGCGGCAGAAAGCAUUUAUCACUCAGCAGUUUGAAGAUGUCACCAAAAGACUAACAGAAGUGACCAAAGAUUUGGAAAAAACAUCGCACGAGCUUCGUAGUACACAGCUAGCUCUUCAAGAGUCAGAGAAAAAGAAGGAUGAAUUUAAAGGCCGUGCUCAAGAGGCAGUUAGGCAAUGGAAAGCUAAAGUGAAGCAGCUAGAACGAGAUCUAGACAGAACAAAACAUGGAUCUACCCAGAUAAUGCAACGCAAUGAGCAGCUGAUAAAAGAAAUGGAGAACCAAAGGCAUCAUGGUGGUUAUGCACAGAUGCAGCUAGAUGGAUUGAAAAGAGAACUGGCCGAUGCCCUGGCUGUACGUGCAGCACAAGAUGAGCAAAUUCGACUCAAAGAUAUUGAGGUGAAUGAAUUAAAGUCAGUACGCAUGGAUUUGGAACGAGACCUAAGAGACACACGCACCAUAGCAGAGAAGUAUGAAAAUGAACUACAUUCCUUGCGCAAUCGAGUAGCAGGCUUAUCUGAAGGCAAGCAUAAACUGGAAGAUGAGCUGUCUGCAGCAGAUGCUGCACAUCGUCUAGCACAAGGCCAGGCAGCACAGUUACAGAGUGAACUGAAGGAACUUAGUACAGUCAAAGCUGAACUGGCAGCACAACUAUCUGAAUCAUCAGCUAAAAUACAUGACUUCAGACAAAGAGUUGUUGAACUUCAGCACCGUGAAAAGGCUGCCAAAGAAGAAACUGAGCUUUACAAACAGAAGCUUUAUGAGGAACGGAAUGGGCUCAGUAAGGGAUAUGACAGUCUGAAACAAGAACUGAAUGAAGCCAAGGUCAGAGAGGCACACACCUUGCAGGAAAUGAACCGUAAAUUCAAACGAGAGCAUGCUGAAUAUGAAGCAGCUAUUCAGGCAUUGAAGAUUGAGUUGUCAGAGGAAAAAUCUGCUUCAAAGAUUGCACGCCGCAGUGAGGAGAAGCUGAAAGAAGAUGUAGACAUGCUGGAAAAGAAACUAAAAAGGUUGGAAGAAGAUAAUAGCAACAUGAGAGUAAAACUUGACCUAGUCAGACAGGAGUUUGAGACUCAGAAACUGUGCCUUCCACGAUUACACACCGUCUAUGAUUUUAGUCAGAUGGCUGAAGACGAUAUUAGCAGAGUCAAGAGACUUGAAGAACAGCUUGCUGUGACCCAUUCAGAGCUAGAAAAACUGGAUAAAAUGCAUUUGACACUCAUUGAGGACAUUGCAGUAGAGAUUGAUACGCUACUGGAAGUUGCUUCCCACGAUGCAGCAACAGGCAAAUGUCAACCUCUAAAUGGUAUCAAGGGUCUGAAUGGAAUGGUUAGUGCAUCAAACCUUUUGCUUACAGAAAUCAAGAAUAAACUCAUCUGGCUCAGAGCAGAACUAAGGGGACGGAUCAAUCGAGAGAGAAAAUUACGAAUGGAGUUUCAGCAAGCACUAAGUGCCACAGAUUCUGACCGUCAGUUCCUUGUUUCUGAAAUUGUUCGCAGAAAUGAAGAACUGGAUGAUCUAGCAUUUCAAAAGCAAGAAAUCGCAUUGAAGGAGAUAGAGACAAUGAAUACAGUUGAGGCUCUAGAGGAUCAGGUGCUGGACUUGUCUGAUGAGCUGCAAAUGGCCAAAAUUAAACAAAAAAUGCAACACAGCACCUUUGAGUGUGAGAAGCAACACAUUAUAGAUGAAAUGGAAGACAUCUUGGAUGCACAAUCUGAAAAAGAUCGCAUUAAUCAGAGAUACAUAAAAUUGCAGGAAACACUGAAAUCUCUUCAAAAUGAUCUACAGACAUCAGGACUUUCUGAUCACAAGGACAGAAAAUCCCCAUGUAAUGGCACAAAGGGGUCAAUACUUCGUACGUCAACUCCAACGACCACUCCAAAGAAGCGAAAUCGUGUCCGCAUUCAUGAAGAGUCUGCAACAGGGGCUAAUGGCAAUGAACGCAUACCCAGUGAUGUUAGUGCCACCCCUCCGCCCAUGUCUUUAACUGAUGAGGAGUUUAUUAAGAGGUUCCUUCCAUCUACUCCACAGAAUGGAAAUAUUUCAUUAACGGAAUUUUAGGAACCACAGAAACUGGAAUGUUUUAGGGUUCAUAGGAAAAUACAUCUACGUAUUUUCUUCUGUAAACAUAUAAUUAUGAAAAUCAUCACAAAUGUUCUUAAUAAGCUGCUUUAAUGCAGACAUUCCGGACUGACAUUCCCAGCAUUAAUUUUUUUUAGUCAAGUGAUGCCAGUCAUGUUAUAAAUGUUAUUAUAUUGAUGUGUACCAUGAUUUGAGUCAUGGAUGGUUUUAUAAAAUUGACUAAGCCCAUUUCUACUAACCCAUCACCUGAAAAAAGGGUAAUGCUUUCGCAUAUUUGAAGUUUUCUCAUAUGUGUCUUUAUUUUAUUAUGUGCCUUGAGGUGGACUCAGUUGUGCAAGGAGUACUACUCUGUAUUAGCAAUGUUCUCUAUGAGCCUUUUAUGAGUGUAUUUUGAUUCCUUUUACUGUCAAACUAUUUUUUGUCAGGUUUACUAUUGUUAUUUGAAGUUAUUUUUGAGUGGUCUAUCAUUACAACAGAACUAUUAGAACUAGUAAUUAUGCUUUAGUUAUCUGUUAUGACGCAUAACAUAUCUAGCCAAAUACUUGAAGAAAUUCAUUGAAAUGGUUUUUGUUAGAGUGCUAAAACACUUUUAGCUAGAUUUGUAAAAAUUAAGAAAUUUAGAUUCAUUGUACACAAUUCACCAUAUAAUUUAUAGGGGAAUUCAGAAGAAUAUAAAACUUUCAUGUCCGUUUACAGUAUAUCAGGAAAGGAAGACUAUAACAUGUAAUUUCACUGUUGUGCUUUAUGAUAUAUUUUUAAGAAUGUAAGUUCUGUUAUGCUGUAUGUUAACUAUGAACGCAUUUUUGCAUUUUGCCAAAAACCUUUAUUUGUUUUGCAUCCUUCAGUCCUCACAUUGCUUGAGCAGAAGGAAUACAACAAGCACUGAUCAGUUCUUAAGGUGAAAGUAUAGUCCAAAGUAGCAGUUUUGUGAUGCCGUGGUCAGGUUGAGAUAACAGAUUUGAUACUUUGACAUAUAACGCACAUAUAUAUAUAUAUGGUUCAGACGUAUUUUUGUUGAAGAAGAGUAUUUUGAUGUUAAAGAAAUUAAUUUUGCACACAUACUCUCUCCAAAUUUACAUUUAAAUGAAUUGGAAAAUCUUUGCUUUCUCCAAAGCAGUUUUAGGCCAUGGUGCGCUCACCCAUAAAGAAAAAUAUCUCAGGAUAAGUUAAAGCUACAGUAAUGAAAUUUUGUAGUCAUAUGCAUAAGCAAUCUACAAUUACAAUCGCUGGCUUGUUGAUAUAAGCAUUAUUUUGGCUGUAAUUGGUUUUUAAAUAAGAAUUCUUGGUUUGUCCAGCACAAUUUUGGGGGGUGUCCACUUUGACCACGCAUAUCUCCAAGACUUUCAAAGAUAUCAAAAUGAGCGGCUUGGAAAUUUAGAUAAUAGUUUGUACUUUACAAAGACACUAAAAUCAAUGAUCUGUAAUUUUUGGUAGUCUGAAAGUUAUUUUGAAAAAAAAUAGUACAUUACAAAAAAAUCAUGGAUUACAUGAAAAUUUUCAUGGUAACCACUUAAAAACAUAUUUUUAGAUAGUUAUUUUAUAUUUGAUUAUUCUGUCACAAAGUGUUAACAAAAUCUUUGAAAUAAAAUUUUUUUCUAGAGUAUACUUUCACCUUAAUGAAAUGCCUUAGUUCUCAUUUAAUAUUUGUCUCAACAUUGUUAACAUGGCUUUUACACCAUGUCAUCCAUACACUGAUCAUUGACAUGUACUUACAUGUGAAUAUGAGUGCACAUGUAUAUGGUGGACGCAGUUUUAUGGGUUUUUUUUUUAAAGAAACACAUAUCAAGGUUAGUUAGCUUUUAUUUGUAUUUCUUGGUGUAGAAGUCACUCAAUUGUUCUUUAUAAAUUAUCAAUUGUGGAAGUCAUAUAUAGCUCCCACUUAAGUCUAAGAAAAUUCCUGAUUCAUGGCAUGGCAUAGAAUCUUCCAGAAUGUAUGAAAGUAAGCCAAACAGCUGUGAUAACUUUAUUUAUAUUUACAGUAUUACACAUUUAUUCUUGUACUCCAAAUUCUGACAGUAAUGAUACUAUGAUAACUAUGUUGGUUUGUUGUAUGCAAGUAAACUUCCUGUUGGCCCAAAUUGUAGAGCUGGUGGUAAUGAAGAUAUAAAGAACUAUAAGGUACAGGAAAAGUGUUGUUGAGAAAUGGAUAAUUGCAAGAAGGCAGAGAGGGAGAAUGUAUACCUGACAGGCAUUUUAAAAUAAAAAAUUUGUUUUAAAUUUCUUGUUUGAAUGCUGGGAAGGGCAGUUUAGUCAGUUACAUUUUGUAAUAUCUGUUUAAACGCCCUUAACAAAAAAUGGUAACGAUCAUACUUUAUACUUUCUAUUUUUCAAAAUAAAGUCUGUAUUUGUGUAA